AUAUGUACGUGCGUUCUCUCUUACCGUAUAGAAUUGUAGUUAUUAAGGGUGGGGUGGUUUUCACCCCCAAAUUAUUAGUCAUACUCAAGUUUGUGCCACUGGCUGUCGUCCCCGGUUCAGCGUUCUUUACAAAUUCGAUUACCGUCGAAUUGACGUUUUAGUUUUAUCUUUCUGGUCUUUCAAACUCGAUAAUGAAAGUGGCUUGCAUUAUUCCAUAAGAUUACAUGAUUUAAGAGCAAUUGAAAUCGAAGAGAAUUCAAAGAUAACAUCACAAGAUGGCUUGGCGUUUCAAAGCAUCAAAAUAUAAAAAUGCUGCACCUAUUGUACCUAAACCAGAAGCAUGUAUUCGAGAUAUCUCGGUAGGAUCCUACCAGACUUAUGGGAACAAUAUUACAGCUUCUGCUGCAUUCAUGGCAUUUAACGUGGAUCAUAAUGGAUCUAGUUUGGCUGUAUUACCACUGGAAGAUUGCGGAAGAAAAAGUAAAACUAUGCCAUUAUUACAUGCUCAUGCUGAUACUGUGACCGAUAUGGAGUUUUCACCUUUUCAUGACGGCCUACUUACUACCAGUUCCCAAGAUUGUUUGGUAAAGUUGUGGCAUAUUCCAGAAACUGGAUUAGAAGAAUCUCUUUGUAAUCCUGAAUGUACAUUUUCUCAUCGUCAAAGAAGAGUAGAAGCAGUUUGUUGGCAUCCAGCUGCCGAACAUCUUUUAACAACUGCCUCAUAUACGACUUUAACUCUGUGGGAUGUCCUUUCUCAACAAGAAUUAUUUUCUAACAGUGAUCAUACCGAAGUAAUACAAUCAUUAAGCUGGAAACAAGAUGGAACUAUUUUAGCAACAUCUUGUAAAGAUAAACAAGUGCGAAUUAUUGAUCCUCGUGCAUCAACUUGUGUUGUUAAUUCAUGCUCGAGUCAUAUGAGUAUCAAGGAUUCUAGAAUUGUAUGGUUGAAUAACUCUGACAGAAUAUUAACUACAGGAUUUGAUGCUGCACGUCUUAGACAAGUAUACAUAAGGGAUUUGAGGCAUCUUAACGAACCAGUUAAAACAUUGGAAUUAGAUUGCAGUACAGGGAUCUUAAUGCCUCUUUUUGACCCCGAUACAAACAUGCUAUUUCUUGCGGGUAAAGGAGAUACCACUAUCAUGUACAUGGAAGUUACGGAUAAAGAUCCUUACUUGGUAGAAGGAAUACGUCACAGCGGAGAACAAACUAAAGGUGUGUGUUUGGUACCGAAAAGAGCACUCAAUGUUAUGCAGGCAGAAGUCAACAGAUUAUUGCAACUCACAUCCAAUAUGGUUAUUCCCAUCAUGUAUCAAGUACCUAGAAAGACAUAUAGAGAUUUUCAUGCUGAUAUUUAUCCUGAUACUAAUGGUUCUGUCGCUCAAAAUAAUGCAGCAGCAUGGAUCAAAGGCCAUAAUGCACCUGUUCCAAAAAUAUCGUUAGAUCCUGCCAAGAGAACCAAAGGUGAAGACCCCAUAACUGUACACAAAGGAAAUUUAACAACACUUAAAGAAAAUCAACAUGAAAUUAAAGUGGAAUCAAUCAAGUCUCCUAAAUCAAUAACUAUCGCAACGCCAAAAGGAUUUUGCAAAGCUCAAGGUAUCAACCACGAAAAGGAGAAGAACUUAGAGAAUGAUAUCGAGAAGAUCGAAGAAAAUAAAAAGAUAGAGAUAGAAGAUGAGAAGAUCAAAAUGCAGAAUGGUGGACAAACAAUACCACCAAAGCCUUUACCCAGGGCAUCAAGAACUAACAGCGUUUCCGAGGAUGAACCUAAACCCGUAGCACGACCGCGUACAUCACCAAGUCCAGGAUCCGUCGUUACGUCUGUCAAUCCAAACGCAAUCAGCGGAUACAAGCCUCGCCUUGGACCGAAACCAUUUCAAGCAAAAUCUGGUAGUCAGGAAUUCUCUUUUGACAAGGUCUUCUCUGUGCCAGUUGCACCAAAUAAUGAUACAAAUGGUUAUCCAAAUGAUAUUGGUAUCCCGAUGGAUAAUGCUACCGAUCCCGAGAAAUCACCAACGUUUUCUAAUGAACGUAUGAAGGAGGCAGAGAAUGGAAAAAGUGAUUCUAGUUCAUUGGAAGAGGAUGCGAAUUCAAGCGACUCUGGAUAUAAACCUAAAACCCCAAGCACGGCAGAGAGGCGAAAAGUUUUUGAAACUAAAGUUAAGGAUGAAUCGCCUGAGAAUGAAGACAUUGGCGGUUUUGAACGUGGUAAUGUUAAUAGAAACUCAAUCGCAGAAAGGCGACGUUUGUAUGAAAGUAGAUCUGUAUCUGUAACUGAUGGAAAUUUAGCCGAGAAAGCAAUGGGAUCGCCGACGAUGUUACGAAGACGAGAUUCUUUCAAAACUAAGAGCGAGGUAAUUAAAGAAGACGACGUUAAGAAAGUUGUACCAAUGUUGCGCCAACAAAGUAUGGAUCCACGCUUGGAAAAGGUUGAACCAAUUACAACACCAACUCCUAAAAGAACAUCCACAGUAUUUGGUCGUGUAUCCAAAUUCAGACAUCUUAAAGGUACACCUGGUCAUAAAUCAACUCAUAUUGAAAACGUAAGAAAUAUUAGUCGCCAGAUAUCAGGAGAAUGCGAUGGUUUUCAUGCCAAUUCCGAUCGCGUUGCUGUACCUCUGAGUGGACCUGGGGGAAAAAUUGCAGUAUUAGAAUUGAAGAAAACAGGUAGAUUACCUGAUGGUGUUAUGCCAGCAUUAGUUCAUGGAGCAACAGUGAUGGAUUUCCAAUGGGAUCCAUUUAACAAUCAGCGAUUGACAGUCGCAUGCGACGAUGGAAUGAUCAGACUAUGGGAAAUACCAGAAUCUGGAUUAGCAGAGCCAACGAAUGAACCAAGUCAUGUAAUAGAAGCACAUGCUGAUAAAAUUUAUUUAAUAAAAUAUCAUCCAUUAGCAUCCGACGUACUCGCAUCAGCAUCGUACGAUAUGACAGUUAAACUUUGGGAUUUAUCACCUUUAACAUCAGGAGAAUCAAAUCAGUUAUCAAAGAUAACAUUGUUAGGACAUACAGAUCAAAUAUUUAGUUUAGCAUGGUCACCAUGUGGACAGUAUCUUGCUAGUGCAUGCAAAGAUGGAAAAUUACGGAUUUACAAGCCAAGAUCCAGUGACGUGCCUAUAAAAGAAGGAAAAGGACCAGUAGGUACUCGUGGUGCAAGAGUUAUAUGGGCAUUGGAAGGCAGAUACCUUGUUGUAAUGGGUUUUGACAAGGUCUCUGAAAGGCAGAUAAUGGUAUUUAAAACUGAUAAUCUUAAUCAGCCUUUGAAUACAGUCGGAUUGGAUGUUUCUCCUGCGAUUUUGAUGCCAUAUUACGAUGAAGAUAGUUCAACUUUAUUUUUAACUGGUCGUGGCGAUUCUACCAUAUAUGCUUACGAAGUUACGGAAGAAGCUCCUUAUUGUUGUCCUCUGAGCCAUCACCGAUGCAGCAGUUUGCAUCAAGGAUUAUCAUUCCUUCCUAAGAAUAGAUGCGAUGUCGCAAGCGUAGAAUUUGCGUCUGCUUUAAGGCUGACAAAUAACACUAUUGAACCAUUAAGUUUCACGGUGCCACGUAUAAAGAGUGAAUUAUUCCAAGACGAUCUUUUCCCACCAACUAAAAUUACAUGGAAGGCAGCAUUAACUGCCAAUGAGUGGUUCAAUGGAAUUAAUAAACAGGCCUCUAGAAUAAGUCUUAAACCACCUGGUAUGGAUAACUUAACAGAGAAUCAAGGACAACCAGCAGUUACUGUGCCAUCUGCAACAAAACAAUCAACAGGCCCAUUUUCAAUCUCUUCGCAACCCUUCAGUAGGCUUGGUUGGAACACAGACGUAAGAGCAAAGCAAGAGGAGAUCCAAAAAACAAUGAGCAACAAUGUGGGGGAUGUAAUACAGUGCUCUUUGGAACAAGACCACAUGGAGGGUGUGGAAGAGCACGAAUGGGAUGAGUAAGGAUUAAUGACGUACUGGUAGAGUAUUUUAACUAAAUGGUAAGAUAGGAUCUAGAUAUAUAGAAAUUUGAGCCAUAAGUUAUUAAUUAUGUUGAGAAUGGAGGCAGGGGAUGUGUCCUAAUGUUACUACAUGCUGGGCAGAAGAAGUUUUACAUUUUUGAGAAAUACUUCCAAAGAUUUACCUUCUAAGAGCAAAAAGAGACAAAACGGGAUGGUGUCCAAUUUUUUAUGUUUCGAACACUAUUACGUAUUUUUUAGCCAUUUUAUAUACGAACAAUUUUAUAAACAUAUAAACGUAAAAAAAUUCCGCGAAAUAGUGUAAAUAUUCAGGCUUUGUAUUUGAAGUUUAAAAAAGAAAAUGGAAAACACGAAGAAAAAAAAAAAAAAGGA